AUGAUCGACCUCGCGGCUCAAAGCUUCAGAGAAAUAGACCAGGCAGUACCGCCGAACAAGCAAAGCCCCACCGUCAUUGUGGGAGCUGGAAUAUUUGGCCUCGGUACUGCACCCCACCUUUGCAAACGCGGCUACACCGAUGUGACCGUCCUCGACAAACAACCCUACGAUGAGACUUUGUACUCAUACUUCAAGGGCGCGGACGCCGCGUCUGCCGACAUGAACAAAAUUGUUCGAUCAUCGUACGGAUUCCAAAAGGAAUAUCAAGAUUUAUCUACUGAGACAAUCUCUGAAUGGCACAACUGGAACGCCGAGCUCAAAGAAGGUGUUACAGUACCUCCUGGAAUGUCCACCAAGGAUGCAGUCUUCGUGCACAGUUUCCACGUUUCUCUAUCUACAUCCGUCGAAUUGCCACCAUGGAACCUUGCGUAUAUCACAGGUGGUAUGGCUGUUGCAGAUAAGUCCUGUCGGUUUGCACUGCACAAGGCUCGAACCCUAGGAGCAAAAUUCAUUUUCGGGGAAGAGGCCGGAUGUAUGAAGGAACUGUGCUACGAAGGUUCGAAGGUGAUUGGAGUCAACACUAGAGAUGGGAAGACACAUUCAGCGGAGAUGACUGUUUUAGCCUGCGGUGGCUGGACCCCUGUGUUACUACCAGAGCUUGACGGCCUGUGUGAGGCCACCGCAGGGAGUGUGAUACUUUUCAAGAUUCCUCGAGAGUCGCCUCUAUGGGACCGCCUAGGCCCAAAACAAUUCCCGACCUGGAUGUGGAAUAUGCGGAAUGGACCCGAAGGUGGUGUUUAUGGAUUCCCAAGAGACGAAAACGGGUGGUUUAAGGUUGGAUACCGAGGCACGAAGUAUACAAACCCACUGCGCCAGGGAGAUGGCAAUGAACGAAGCACACCGGUGACACGCUGGUCACCUGCCAAAAAGGAUGGCGAUGCCCCCACAGGGGGCAAACUCACAUCGUUCCCACAAAAAGCGCAUCAAGUCCUCACGGGCUUUUUGAAUGAGUACCUUCCAGAGUUAUCCGAAGAAGGAAUCGAUAUCGCCCUGACCAGAAUUUGCUAG